UUUAAUAAUAAUCUUAUGGAUGCUGCUCCUGCCCGUUCGCUCUCUUCAUAAUCUCAGCACUGCUCUGAUAUUUAAAUCAAUAGAGUUUCUUCUGUAUAUAUCCCAUUGAGCACAGAGAAACGAUGAGACCAAUUCUGCACCUCUUCAGGCUGCCCCGCCAACCCCAACCUCCAUCUCUUCUACUUCUUCUUCUUCGCUUCUUCUCAGUUGCCGUCUCUCCCCGUCAUCUUCAAUCUCCUCCCGAAGCUCUGAUCCCUAACAAUAUCCAGCAGCCCCUGAAAGAACCAACAAAGAAGAAAUCAACAGUGCAUUUACAGAAGCAACAACACUCGCCCCAGGCAGAGAAAUCACUGAUUUUGCUCAUAAAAUCAUGCGCCGAGAAGACCCAUUUGGCCCAAAUUCACGCCCACCUCCUCCGCACUGCGCUCCUCCAGAAUCCCACAGUCUCUCUCGCAUUAUUGUCCCGCCUCGCGCUCUUCUCUUCCUUCGGUCUGGGCUACUCUUGCCGGGUUUUCUCUCAAAUUUCGAAACCCAAUGUUUUUCACUACAAUGCUAUGAUCAGAGCUUUCUCCGCGAGCAAUUCUCCGGAGAAAGGCUUCGGCUUGUUCUGUGAAAUGCGACAGAGAGGCGUCAAAUCGGAUUCUUUGUCUUCUUCUUUCGCUGCCAGGUCGUGCGUUAGAAUGUGUUCGUUGUUUGGCGGGGCACAGCUUCAUGCAGUAACUCUGAGAGAGGGGCACCAAUCAGAUAGUCUUUUGCUGACCACUUUGAUGGAUGUGUAUUCGCGUUGUCGGAAAUUAGAAGAGGCUUGUAAGGUGUUUGAUGAAAUGUCUCGUAGAGAUACUGUUGCAUGGAAUGUCUUGAUUUCUUGCUUUACUUUUAACGGACGGACUCGGGAUGCUCUGAAGGCGUUUGAUGUCAUGCUGAGCAUGGAAUGUGGGUCUCAACCGGAUGAUGUUACUUGCUUGCUUCUACUUCAAGCUUGUGCCAGCCUAGGUGCCAUUGAAUUUGGUGAGAAGGUUCAUAAUUAUAUUAAAGAGCAUGGAUAUGAAAAUGCUCUCAAUCUGUGUAAUUCUCUCAUAGCUAUGUAUUCGCGCUGUGGAUCCCUGGAUAAGGCUUAUCAGGUGUUUAAGCUAAUGCCUAAAAGAGAUGUGGUUUCUUGGAGUGCAAUGAUUUCGGGUUUAGCAAGUAAUGGCCAUGGGAGGGAAGCCAUUGAAGCAUUCAGGGAGAUGCAGAGAAUGGGUGUCAUCCCUGAUGAUCAGACCUUUACUGGGGUUCUUUCUGCUUGCAGUCACUCGGGACUGGUCAAUGAAGGUUGGAUGUUUCUCAAUUGCAUGGGUAAAGAAUUUGGUAUGACACCUAAUAUCCACCAUUAUGGAUGCAUGGUUGACCUCCUGGGUCGUGCCGGUUUGCUCGAGCAGGCCUACGAGCUUAUACUUUCAAUGGGGGUUACGCCGGAUGCUACAGUCUGGAGGACUUUACUUGGAGCUUGCAAGAUUCAUGGCCAUGUUACCUUAGGAGAAAAGGUUACUGAACAAUUGAUUGAACUCAAAGCUCAAGAGGCCGGAGAUUAUGUUCUAUUGUUGAAUAUCUAUUCAUCGAUUGGUGAUUGGGAGAAGGUGACAGAAGUGAGGAAAUUGAUGAAGGAGAAAGGAAUACAAACCACACCGGGCUGUAGUACAAUUGAAUUCAAAGGAGAAAUACACGAGUUUCUUGCUGAUGAUGUUUCACAUCCAAGAAAGAAUGAGAUACACGCGAUGCUGGAUGAGAUUGGAAAACAACUGAAAAUUGCUGGCUAUGUUGCUGAAGUAACAUCAGAGAUGCAUAAUUUGGGUACUGAAGAAAAGGAAAUUACACUCUCUUACCACAGUGAAAAGCUGGCCAUUGCUUUUGGCAUGCUCGUAACUCCACCAGGCGCGACGAUAAGGGUGGCCAAGAACCUCCGUAUCUGUGUUGAUUGCCAUAAUUUUGCCAAGGUGCUUUCCGGGGUUUAUAUCCGGGAGGUGAUUAUCAGAGAUCGAACUCGGUUUCAUCAUUUCCGGGAGGGGAGGUGCUCCUGUAAUGACUACUGGUAGACUUAAUUGAGGGAAAUGCAAGUGCCUUAUAAUGGUGGCAAUACUGCUAAUCUCUCGUACAAAUUCCAUGGUCUUCUGGAACAUGACUCUGGCCCUUUUCUCUUGGCCAUAUCAGAAGGAACUCUGUUUCUAGAAAAUAUGGGGUUUUUUCCUGCGGGAUCGAGACACAAUUUGUUUCUGAUUUCCAAGAACUUCUGGCCUCUAAUUGAUGUGCUGUAGAAAGAUGCUUUUAAGAUAACUAUCUUGAAGGAAAUCGACAAGAUUUUCUUCUCCAUCCCCAUAGUUUAUAACAGCAUGAUAUCAAAACCGAUAAUGUGGGGUUAGCCACAUGAAUUUUUGUUUGUCAAUCAUUUCUGCAUACGAUCUUAUCUUUCUUAAGAUCCUCAUUAACUCGUAUUAUAUUAAAGUAUU